GUCCUUUCAUUUCUCUGCAGAUUGAAAGGGAACAUGCUGGUUGCAAACUGGCUGGCGGGACUGGUCUGUCAUCUUUGCUUCCUGCACACUCGGUCCUGGGAUAACCGGCUUCACCCCACGCAAGCCAGGCUCGUGAAGGAUCUUUCGUCCUAUGAGAUUGUCAUACCUUCUCGAGUAGACGAGUUUGGGGAAGUUUUUCAACACACUCAGCAUUUCCGCAGAAAAAAAAGGAGUCUUGAUUUUCAGUCGUCAGAGUCUAAAGUCCACAGGACCCAUUAUCGCAUUGCUGCUUAUGGACAAUUAUUUCGGUUUAACCUUACUGUUAACACAGACUUUAUCGGUGACUCUUACAGUGUUGUACAUAUUGGAAAUAAAAACCAAAGCCAUUCACCGCACGACUCAACGGACCUCAGGCACUGUUUCUACAGUGGACAUGUCAAUGAUGUGGACACUCACGUAGCUGUUUUUAGCCUCUGUGGUGGCAUGAUUGGCACUUUUAAAGCACAUGAUGGGGAAUAUUUUUUAGAGCCUCUGAUGAAUCCAGGUGGAGAGGAGUAUGAAGAUGUGGAGAGCAAACCCCAUCUCCUCUAUAAACACAAAGCAAACGGUGCAGCUAUUUCUGGAAAUACACAGCCAAAUUGUGAUACUUCAGAAUCUAAAAUGAAAGAAGAAAUGAUCCCUCUUGAUGCAUCGAGCGAUUUAGGAGAAGAUAUAACAAGGUUUUCAAAUUCUGCAUUUUCCAACUACUUACCAUCACAAAAUCAAACUCAUGGAGGAGACGGAAGCAAGAUACAUAUCAGAAGAAAACGGUUUCUCUCCUACCCGCGAUAUGUAGAGCUCAUGGUUACAGCGGAUGCAAAAAUGGUUCGCCAUCACAGAGAAAACUUACAGCACUACAUUUUAACUCUUAUGUCAAUAGUUGCUGCUAUUUAUAAAGAUCCAAGUAUUGGAAAUCUCAUAAAUAUCGUGAUUGUCAAGCUUGUUAUUAUUCACAAUGAACAGGACGGACCUGUUAUCAGCUUUAAUGCUGCUACAACUCUUCACAACUUCUGUGUAUGGCAAAAAUCACAAAACGUCCCGGAUGAUUCCCAUCCCUCUCAUUAUGACACAGCUGUUCUUCUCACCAGGGAAGACAUCUGUAGAGCUCGUGAUAAGUGUGAUACUUUAGGUUUAGCUGAACUAGGUACAAUGUGUGACCCAUCCCGAAGCUGCUCUAUAAGUGAAGAAAAUGGACUAGGUGCUGCAUUCACGAUAGUACACGAAGUGGGACACGUAUUUAAUAUGCCUCAUGAUGACAGCUUCAAGUGCAAAGAAGCCGGAUUUAAAAAUCAAUAUCACGUUAUGGCUGCAACUUUAAGUUAUGACACUAGCCCAUGGACUUGGUCGAAAUGCAGUCAGAAAUACAUCACAGAGUUUCUUGACACUGGUUAUGGGGAAUGUCUGCUUGAUAAGCCCAGUGGAAGAGUGUAUGAGUUUUCUCAACAACUACCAGGAGCAAUAUAUGAUGUUAAUAAACAAUGUGAAUUAAUGUUUGGAGCUGGAUCACAAGUUUGUCCAUACCUGAAACAGUGUAUGCGACUGUGGUGCACUGGCAAAGGUGGGACCAACAGUGGAUGUCGCACUCAGCACAUGCCUCUCGCUGAUGGAAGUUAUUGCGGCCCUGGAAUGCACUGCCGCAGUGGUCUCUGUGUUAGCAAAUCAAUGGAUUCUCGUCCUGUGGAUGGUGAGUGGGGCACGUGGGGCCCCUACAACUCGUGCUCCAGAACCUGUGAUGGUGGAAUUAAAAGUUCCACUAGAGAAUGUAAUCACCCUGAGCCAAGAAAUGGAGGUAAAUAUUGUGUGGGGAGGAGGAUGAAAUUUCGAUCUUGUAACACAGAAACCUGUCCCAAAGGAACAACAGAUUUUAGAGACGAGCAGUGUUCUCAGUUUGAUGGUAAACAUUUCAACAUCAAUGGACUUACAGCCAAUGUACGUUGGAUCCCAAAAUAUAGUGGCAUUUUAAUGAAAGAUCGUUGCAAGCUUUUCUGCCGCGUGUCAGGAACCUCCUCGUACUACCCGCUAAAGGACCGCGUUACUGAUGGCACGCCUUGUGGGCCAGAGACAGAUGAUGUGUGCGUUCAAGGAUUGUGCAGGCAAGCUGGCUGUGAUCAUGUAUUGAAUUCCAAAGCAAGAAGAGACAAAUGUGGGGUCUGUGGGGGCGAUAAUUCUUCCUGUAAAACCCUGGAAGGGACCUUCAACACAGCACACUAUGGCUAUACAAUCAUUGUGAAAAUUCCUAUCGGGGCAGCAAACAUUGAUAUCCAUCAACAUAGCUAUACUGGAGUCCCUGAUGACAACUACCUUGCAUUAUCUGACAGCCAAGGCAAUUUUGUACUCAAUGGCAAUAAUAUUGUGUCCACAUUUAAGAGGGAAAUCACUGUUGGAACAGCAAAGUUAGAAUAUAGUGGGUCAGACAAUGUAAUUGAACGAAUAAAUUGCACUGACCAACUGGACGUAGAACUAAUUCUGCAGGUUUUGUGCGUGGGAAACCUGUACAACCCAGAUGUACGUUACAGCUUUAGUAUCCCAAUUGAAGCUAAAACCGAACAAUUUUCAUGGGAUCCUUACGGACCUUGGCAACCCUGUAACAAAAUGUGUCAAGGGAUGCGAAGAAGGAAGAUGGUAUGCCUACGUAGAAGUGACAGGAUGGUAGUUUCUGAGCAGAGGUGUGAGCAUUUGUCUCGUCUGGACUCAGCAACGGAGCAGUGCAAUUCAGAAUGUCAGUUAAGGUGGUAUGUUGCGGGCAAAAGUGAAUGCACCUCACAAUGCGGACCAGGUCAUCGAACGCUAGACAUAAGGUGUAUGAAAUAUUCUGCUAAAGGGUCAACUACUCCAGUGGACGAUAAAUUCUGUGCCAGUUUUCCAAAACCUGCAAAUCGAGAGCGAUGCAACGGUGACUGCCUUUCAUCCAGUUGGCAUUAUACAGAAUGGUCUCAGUGUUCUAAGAGCUGUGGCAGAGGAGUUCAAGUAAGAGAAGCUUACUGUAUGAACAAUUUUGGUCGUCGCUUGGCAGACAGCGAAUGCAAUGAACACAGAAAAGUUGUAACACAGAGCUGCAGCGAGCACUCUUGCCCAGUGUGGUCUGCAAGUGAAUGGAGUGAGUGUCUUGUGACGUGUGGGAAGGGCAUCAAGCGCCGACACGUGUCAUGCCAAUUAAAUGAUGAACAACUCAAGGACAAUUAUUGUGACUCAAACAACAAGCCCGAAUCAGUCAGACACUGUGAGCUGCAAGAAUGUGCUUCAUGGCAAGUAGGACAAUGGGGACCUUGUACUGUUACGUGUGGACGCGGGUAUCAGCUGCGUACAGUCAGAUGUCUUCUUGGAAGCCGUGGGACAACUUUGGAUGAACGUGAAUGUAAUGCUGCUUCUCGUCCCUCUGAUAGUCAGGAUUGUGAAAGGCAAACAUGCCUCGUGCAUUCCCAUGUAGUCCCUACUUUACCUCCUGUCCAUCAAUUGCACAAAAAUACAGAGUGGCGAUAUGGUUCAUGGACUCCAUGCUCUGCUUCUUGUGGAAGAGGUAACCGUGCUCGCUAUGUGAGCUGUAGAGAUAUCUAUGGUGGAGUCGCCGAUGAGUCAUAUUGUUCCCACUUACCACGACCAACUGAGGUUUCCAGUUGCUUUACCCCUUGUGGAGAAUGGCAGUCAGGGGAGUGGUCUCCUUGUCCGAUAACCUGUGGAAAUGGAAGGGUAAUACGACAGGUUGUUUGUAUUCGAUAUCAUGAAAGAAUAGAAGAUGCCAAUUGUGAUCCAGAGAAUCAACCCGUAAAAGAACAAGAAUGUAACAUGGCACCAUGCAAGGCUUACAACCAUUACGCUGACAAUCAUGAUUACCCAGUAAGAGUCCCACAGCCCGAACAUAAACCCACAUUUAGAAGAUAUGAGGAACCUGACAAUGAAAACCAAAGAAACAACCCUUCUGCUCAUGGUACACAGUGGAGAACAGGUCCAUGGGGAGCAUGUUCAAGCACAUGUUCAGGUGGAUUUGAGCGCAGGGUUGUUGUAUGUCAAGAUAAAGAAGGAAGGAGUAGUAGUUUAUGUGACCAGUCCACUAGACCAGCAGAAUCGAGGCACUGUGACUCUGGAUCUUGUCCUAGGUGGAACCACGGAAUCUGGGGAGAAUGUACUAAAACAUGCGGAGGUGGAGUGAAAACAAGAUUAGUGAUUUGCCAGCUGACCAGUGGGCAGAUUUUGGGCGAUCAGAAUUGUGAAAUUCUUAACAAACCACCACAAAUGGCACAGUGUAACACACAUGCAUGCCCUGUUGAUGCUCUAUGGCAUCAUGGACCAUGGAAAUCGUGUUCCGUCACCUGUGGAAAAGGAAUUAAACAACGCAGUGUAUCUUGUAGAACCAAAGGCCAGCAAGAGGUCAACAACGAAUAUUGCGAACAUUUACGAAAGCCUCGCAUGCAGAAGAUUUGUAAACCUGGAAGAUGUCCUUCAUGGAAGGCUAAAAAGUGGAAGGAGUGCUCAGUGACCUGCGGGGAUGGAAUUCAACAUAGAGAUGUUUACUGUAGGAUGAGGGGUCGUGGGAGAAUAAAGGAUGCAUUUUGUAAUCAAAGUAGACGUCCAGACAGCGAAAAACACUGUUGGUUACCCGAAUGUGUACAUUACCACUGGACUGCAGACCCCUGGCCGAAGUGUUCAACAGAAUGCAAGCCGAGGGAGUCCACAAGGAAGGUGAAAUGUGUUGAUAGCAGCAGUCUACCAGUAAACGAGUCCCACUGUGACCCUACUUCUAAGCCACAAGCAACCAGGAAAUGUGACAACGUUCAAUGCCAACACAUAGUGGUCACAGAAGAUACAUCACAGUGUUCUGAUGUCUGCUGGUUUGGUAACAAGAAGAAAAUAACGUAUUGCAAAUUAGUACCGGUUAUUCAUAAUCAAUAUACAGCUGCUGUCAGAUCCACCUACUAUAAAAGAUGUCCUAUUCGCCCUCACUUACUGGACCAUAAAUGUCACGGAAUGAGCUGUGUACGUGCUGUCUCUUGGCGAGUUGGGAAGUGGACCAAGUGUUCCGUUACUUGUGGACUUGGAAUGAUGCAGAGGAAAGUAGAAUGCAGGACAGAAAACGGUUCUCCCAGUGACCUGUGCCCAGCUCAUGUGAAGCCCACUGCAAGAAGAACAUGUGUGUCUAAUAAAUGUGAUUUUAAAAGCUGCAAAGAAUUACGCUUAAUCAGUAAGUUACACACAGAUGGAGAAUAUACACUGAACAUUAACAACAGACGAGCAAAGGUUUACUGUUCGGGAAUGCAGUCUGAUAGCCCCAAAGAAUACAUAACUUUGGUGAAAGGGGAAGCAGACAACUUUUCAGAAGUCUAUGGAUACAGGCUGAAAAAUCCGUACGAGUGCCCUUUCAAUGGAAGCAGAAGACAUGACUGUGCAUGUAAAAAUGACUACCUUGCAGCAGGAUACACCACGUUUAGUAAAAUCCGACUGGACCUCAUCUCUAUGCAAAUUAAAACUACAGAUCUCAGUUUUGCCCACACAGUACAUGGAAGAGCAGUUCCGUUUGCCACAGCAGGUGACUGUUACAGCUCCACUAAGUGUCCACAGGGGCAAUUUAGUAUUAACCUUUCAGGAACGGAUUUUCGGAUAUCAAACACGGCUAAGUGGAUUGCUCAAGGGAAUUAUGCAACUGUUAAUGUUCACAAAUCGCAGGAUGGAUCAAAAAUUUAUGGCAGAUGUGGAGGUUAUUGUGGAAAAUGUGUCCCCCACUCAAGUAUUGGUCUCCAAGUCCAAGUGUAGUGAAAAUGAAGACAGAUUCAGAUUGCAGUGGUGCUAGCAUACCAGCCGGCCUCUCCCUGUUCACAUAUUGUUGCUGUACAGAAAUAACGGACAGAACUCACUAAUAUACACAACCUGAUCCGUCUCAAGAUUUGAAAGAGGCUUAUUGCAAAAAUCUAUUCUUCAUAUCAGUGUUGAGUAAGUCUAUACUCAUUUUAAUACUUUUGCAUACACUCAUUGGCCACUUAAAAUACACUUAUCUAUUUCUGGGUAGAACAUACUGUUGCCACCAGCACCACCUGAAUUCUUCACAGCAUGGAAUCAACAAAGUGGUGGAAAGAGUACAUUGGUGACAUUGUCAAUGCUGACUCUCUAAAAAACACAAUUCUUCAUGACUUUUCAGCUUCACGGGGUGCUAAAACAUCCCAUUCCAUAUUGUCCCAAAACUCCAACACAGGAUCAAGAUAUGGGGACUAUGCAGACCAUUGGAACAAACUGAAGUCAAUUGGUGUAUACUUUAUACCAUAGAACAUUAUAGUGCUGGGCAUAUACUGUGGACUAUAAGCUAUGUACUGUGUCAGCAACAAUGCGUAUGUGCUCUAUGGUAAUCAGUUUAUGCAAAGUUGAUUCUAGCAUUGACAAGAAAACAUUCUCCAAGACAUUGUACCACAGUCGCCAAGCUGCACUGUUUACACCAGAUAUGAUUGAUCCAAGGCUUUGUGGCAAGUUCUGACCUUGCAACGUGCAUGCUAUAGCAGAAAUUGAAACUUAGUAGAGUAAGUAAUAUCAUUCCUAUUAUUAUUGAUCUACCUUCUGUUAGUAUAAUCCAUCCACGUGAAGCUAAGAUGACCUUCUAUAAACCACUGUUGUAAAGAGUGGUUAUUUGAUUGUCUGUUGCUUUUCUGCAAGUUCAAACAAGUAUGGGCAUUAGUGUAUUAGGUCUUUUUAGGAAAAUACCCACGAUGUACACUGACUACGGUGCCUUUACCAUCUCAGGCUCACUGAGCUAUUAAAAUGCUAAAACUACCAUGUCUAACACCAAACAUCAUAAUAUGGUUAAAGUCGGUGUAAUGGAACACUCUAAACCUUUAAAGCACUUUAGCUUGCAAAAGUACUUUAUAGGUUAACAUAAAUUAAAGUAAUUAGCACUUUUAUAAAGCCACUGGCUCCACCCUCUGGGUUGUCAAUUAGGCAGCUCUUGCACAAAGCCGACACGAGGCUCCUUAUACAGAAACAUUGGUUUUGGUGUUUCCCUAUUAGAAGGACCGCCGGUUUAUCACUGCAAUUACAAUUCUUGUCACCUGUUUCCCAGUGCACUAGUGAUGAUAUCCCAGGGUUGAGUGGAGCCCCUGGAUUAGAAGAUUAGAAGUAAGUAACAGGGACAGGAGGCCCAGAAAUCUAAAUCAACCAGAGUUGUAGUGGAGCAGGUCCC